AACCCCCCCCCCCCCCCAUCCCGCAACUCGCAAGCUGCCCCCACCCCCUCCUUCACCUUCAACCCCACCGCUUCACCAGCGUCUGCCAGCAAUCUUUUGCAACGAUCGUUCGUCAACCGGCUCUCCACUGACACUCCAACCCACCCAACACCUAGCUUCUUCCAAAAGACGCUACACCACACAAAAGCAAUAGCGAAAUAGAGAGUCAUACCGAGAGACAAUGGCUUCUGCAGCGUCUCAAUCAAACCCAGAGGUCGCGGCACCUCUACCGCUCAGGAAAUUCAAACUCGUCUUUCUCGGCGAGCAGUCUGUCGGCAAAACCUCCCUAAUCACCCGCUUCAUGUACGACACCUUCGACAACACCUACCAAGCGACGAUCGGGAUCGACUUCCUCUCCAAGACAAUGUACUCGGACGAGCGGACCGUGCGUCUGCAGCUGUGGGACACCGCAGGACAGGAACGGUUCCGCAGCUUGAUUCCAAGUUAUAUCCGCGAUUCGAGCGUUGCUGUUGUUGUCUAUGAUAUAACGAACCGCAACUCGUUCAUGAACACAACAAAAUGGGUAGACGACGUCCGCGCCGAGCGAGGGAACGACGUCUUGAUCGUGUUGGUGGGCAACAAGACCGAUCUCUCCGAAAAAAGACAAGUAUCAACAGAAGAAGGCGAAAAGCGCGCCAAAGAGUUCAACGUGAUGUACAUCGAGACGUCCGCAAAGGCGGGAUACAACGUCAAGGCGCUGUUUAGGAAGAUUGCGAAUGCGUUGCCGGGGAUGGAGGCGAACAGUGAACAGGGGGGUGGUGGGAAUCAGAUGAUUGAUCUGCAACUCAACCCGGCGUCUCAGAAACCGGCUGAGGGGUCUAGCUGCUCGUGCUGAUCUGACAUAUAACACAUUACGCGCGGGAAGAAUCACCAUUUCAUCAUUAAAUUCAAACCGAAAAAAAAAGUGUUUUCGACACGCCAUAUCGCCAUAUCGUUGGGAAAUUGUUGUUCGAAGGGGGGACCGUGAUGGAUUGGAUGUUCG